AUGGCGCCGAAGAAAGCGCCCGCGUCGCGGCCGAGCGCCAAGGCGGCGGUGCGGGAACAGCGCGAGCAGAUCAAACGGCAGCUGGGGACGAUCGAGAAAACCGCGGAUGGACGCAACGCGGUGGCGUCGCUGUUCGACGCCGCGCUCGGUUUGGACCUGUGGUUGUCGGCGAAUAAGAAGAGCUUCCCGGCGGACGCGGUGCGACAGAAGUGCGAGCGGUUGGGGGAGAUCAUGCGGUUGGCGUGCGCGGGGACGCUGCACGCGGAGGACGCGUACUGGGAGCUGGCGGGACUGUACAUCAUCGUGAACAGAGAGGCGAGUAAGGAAGAGUUGAAGCUGGAACGGCCGGAGUUUAUUUUUCCGGAUAGAAUGCUCCCGGCGCUGUGCGAGGAUGACGUGAUUUCGGCGGAGGAUUUGAGGGAGAUUCUCGGGUGCGAGCUCACCGCGGAGGCGCUCGAGGCAAAGGUUUUGGAGUUCGAGGCGGAUCGAGCGCGGAAGAUGGAGGAGGACGGAUGA